AUGGAAGCAGUAAUGAUGAUGAAGAGUUCGAAGAAUCCCAACAAACUCAUAUUGGCAUUCUUGAAUAAAGUGAUGGCGAUUAAGUUAUUGAGACUUAGCAAACUUAACUUUUAAUUUAUUGGAUGGAGAUCAACUAAACAAGUUAGCUUAAAGCUCUUUAGUAACUCUAGUAAACAAUAAAGACUUAAGAGAAUAGAUCCCAAAUAUAAAACCAUUAAUUUAAAGGGUAUUAGUAUGAAGAGGAAUAAAAAUUUUAACAAAAUCAGAACCCAACAUUUAACGUCAGUGAUGUUCCAUAAGCCUAAAUAUAGAUAGGAUUAAAUAUUUUACCAGAACCGACCAAGAGAAUAGUUUGCUGCUAUCUCUUAGGGCUAAUAGCAUUAGUAAAAAAUAUUAUAGCAAUUACUUUCAGUCAGUAUCUGGUAUUAGGAAUGUGCUUCGUUUCAACAAGUCGAUAGAUAUUCUUGCUAUUCGAAUGCGGCAUUCUAGGUGUCCUUAAUAAAAAUGUGGAGAUAUUUGUGA